AUGGCUACGCCCACCCGAGUGCUGACGUUCAAGGGCCACCGCGAGUCGGUGAACGCGCUGCUGUGUGAGGAGGACGUGCACCCCAAUGUGUUGGCGUCUGGAAGCGACGACGGCACCUGCCGCCUGUGGGACGUGCGCACCACGCGAGUGACCAAGUGCCUGAACGUCAAGAAAGCGCUGGGCACGGACGACGAGGACGAGAGCGCCGUCAACUCGCUCGCCUUCGGCAAGGCGACCGCAGGCGCGGAGAGCGCCUACAUCUACGUGGCAGCAGGUACCAAGGUGCUGACCUUCGAUGUGCGGCAGCCGGCGCUAAUCGUGGACUGCGCGGACCGAGAGGUGUUUCAGCAGAACGAGGAGGAGAUCAACGUGCUGUAUCGGCACCCCGUCAAGAACGGCAAGUUCCUGUCGGUGCCCGACGACUCGGGGGACAUCUGCGUGUACGAUCUGGAGAGCCACCGCCUUUUCAAGACGCUGCGCGGCCAGCACACCAACAUCUGCAGCGCUGCGCCCUUCCGUCCGAACGCCCCGUGGGACCUCGUGUCGGGCGGAAUGGACGGCUUACUACUCUUCUGGGACUUCUCCCGGGGUCGAGUGAAGUUUAGCAUCGACCUGAACACUGGCGUGAAUGGACUCCGCGACGGUGCGACUGCGGAUGGGGAAGGUAGCGCUCAGCAAAUGUUCAACCCGCCGCUAGUGCACUCGCUGACGUUUGCAUCGAAUGGCAAGUCCUUCGCAGCUGGACUGGGAGACGCCAGCAUCGCAGUUGUUGACUUUGGGUCGAAGCAGAUCGUGCGCCGUCUAAAGCACCAUAAUGCUAUGGUCUCUCAGGUUCACUUCCCUGCUUUUCGCCCCCAGGACAGGCUCGUAUCCACCGCCAACGACGCGAAGGUGUGCGUGUGGGAUUACCACGCAGCGCUUUCCCUUGAUGCACAAAAUGCUGGCAACGACGACGAUCCUGCGGUACCCAACCCGUUCGUGGUUGCUGAAUUCGGACUCAAGAGCAGCCCGAACGCUGUCACUACAACGAGCCAGCAAAGUUUGGUUGUCGUUGCCGACGUCUCGAAGGAGAUAUCGGCGUACACGAUUAUAAGUUAG